ACAAAAUUCUCAGGGCACUUUGGGCACUUCAGCCAUUCCCAUUUCUCUCCGCGACUCGCGGAACGGACUUCUACAGCUCUCCACGGACAUCUCUGCAGUUCUCUAGCCUACUCGAUGUGCCGAUAACGUUGAAGAAAACAUCGAUCGGUUGAGAGUGAUGUCAGGACUGGUAGGCUCUGCUGCGUCCGAAGCUAGAGAGUCGUCGAGCAAGUCGUUCUUGGCUGCGCGAUGCUAACGAUGCUCGUCGCUGCACCUUCACGCACGUCCAUUCGGAAAGCAGAGAGGAAACCCCAGAAAGGAAUGUCCUAGACACAGGAAUUAUAGAGGAGAUACGCAAGAGGGUUUUUCGCCGUCCGAGGCGAGUCGGCGGCUCCUGGUCAGCGCCAUGGCAACCGCGUCUGCGCGCCUCGCGCUGGUGCUGCUGCUGCUGGAAUCCGCGCUCAUUGGCGCGCUAGUCCGCGCCAGCCAUGCGCUCCACGCGUCGGGAUUGGUGGGCGACAUGGGGUUCGAGCGGGGCAUGUCGCUGUUCCGGUUCCCAGCAGGCGAUUGCGAGGGGCAGAGGCUGCUGGUGCUGCCGUGGUCCACACAGCAGAUGCGCGGCGUGGGGUCCGGGGUACACCAGGUAGCAGGCUUGGGGGAGCUGUAGCAGGUAUGAUUCACGACGGUUCUUCUGUCCCAUGCCAUAACAUGCCACCUUUCAGAGAUCGAGAGUACUAACAAGUUGCACGCAUGCAUGCACGUGCCGCGACUGGGUCCAAAACGCCUUAUUCCAGCAGGGGUUGAAGUUCAAGUUGUGCCGUUGAGUUAUAUAUUCUCAAUCUCCUCCCCCAGUUCCUCUCACCCCUUCUUUUGUGCCCCUCCUUUCUUCCCUGUCUCCCUGUCUCCCUGUCUCCCUGUCU